AUGACCAUCACGGAGCCCGCAGCCAGCUCCGGCUUGGGCGGCGCCAACCAUGCCGCGCAGCCGCAACAUGGCAGCCCGCAAGCAGCGCAAGAGCCCUCUGGCCAUCUCCAACGACCCGCAUGGUCGGAGCGCAGCGCCUACCGCGACGAGCAGGACUCCCAGUCCGAAGGCGACGGCGCCGAGGACCAGGAGCAGCCGCUGCUCGAGCAUGACCAGCUUGCCUCCAGCUUGAAGGGUGCCGCUCCCUCGACGCUCAACGGCAGGAGGAAGCCGCUCAAGUGGAGCGAGGUGCUUUGGGUGACGGGCACCCUGCUCCUGAUCUGCUUUCUGGUCUACACUUCACAGCUCUUCAUCAUCCUACCCUACUACCGCAACACGGUCACCUUCACCCUGCGUCAGCUCCUGGCGCUGCUCGUCCCCUUCAACCUCUGCUCGCUGGCCAUCUUCUACAACUACUACCUCUGCGUCGUGACCAACCCGGGCGACGUGCCCUCGGGGUGGCAGCCUGACUGGACCGCGCUCGACCCGGCUCCCCAGGGGCAGAUUGGCGACGGACGGGCCGGCAGCGCCGCGACGAUGGAGCUCAAGAGCUACAUCCACCGGCCGCGGUACUGCAAGGGCUGCCGGGCGUUUAAGCCGCCGCGCUCGCACCACUGCAAGACGUGCGGCAAGUGCGUGCUGCGCAUGGAUCACCACUGCCCCUGGGUGGCCAACUGCGUCGGCUUCCACAACCACGGCCACUUUAUCCGCUUCCUCGCCGCCGUCGACGUCACCUGCACCUUCCACCUGGUCAUGCUCUCGAUGCGCGUCCUGGACCGCUGGAACCGCUUCGGCUACUGGCGCGAGCCGACGACGCGCGAGAUGCUCUGCCUCGUCGCCAACUACGCCCUCUGCAUCCCCGUCCUCCUCAUGGUGGGCAUGUUUUCCGCCUACCACUUCUACUGCAUCGCCAUCAACCAGACGACAAUCGAGAGCUGGGAAAAGGACAAGGUCGCCACCCUGAUCCGCCGCGGCAAGAUCCGCAAGGUGCGCUACCCCUACAGCGUCUCGCUGCUCGCCAACGUCAAGUCGGUGCUGGGCCCGUCGCCGCUGCUGUGGUGCCUGCCGCAGAGGAUGCGCGGCGACGGCCUCGUCUACGACGUGGCAGAGGGCAUCGGGAAGGAGAGGGAAGGCGAGGGAGGGAGGGGCGAGACCCACCCGGGCGCGCAAUACCGCUGGCCGCCGCGGGACCCAAGCCGCCUCGCCCCCUCGUCGCGCGCACCGCCGCUCUUCCCCAGCUUCCGAAGCGAACGCACCAACGACGUCCACGUCGACGACGGCGGGGCGUCGCGAGGCGCAGGCUCGCCAUGGACGUACGGCAACGGCUUCAACCCUUCCCUCGUCCCGUCCAACUCGGCGCUGCGGUACCGUGGCGCGUCGUCGGUGCAAGUUUCGUCGCGCUAUCCCGGCGAAGCGGACGAGGGCGAGGGUGAAGACGAAGAGUCGUCGAUUUCGUCGGGAUCCGAUGACGACGACGACGACGACGACGACGCGGUGGGGUACCGCCGUCGUGCUGCGGCUGGGGGCAGGGGAGGGUGGAGCCAAGACCUUGCUUCCUGGCACGAUGACGAUGACGACGAAGAAGGGGAGGAGGUGGUGGGAGGGCAAGGGGCGGGGGGAAGGGGGCAGGAGCAGCGACAAGGUCGGUACAAUGUCGCCCUGCCCUCGCAAGUACUGCGGGAUCGACGCGGGUAG